AUGCCGCUGUGUGCGACGCGCCGCGGGGCCCUGGAGGCGACCCGUGGCACCCUGGUGGCGGCGCACGCCGCCGCGGGCCUCUGCGCUGGUGAGAGCCGCGAGGCUCUCCGCCUGGUGCGGGCGGCCGAAGGGCUCCUGCGGGCGGCGGCGGCGGUGCUCGGCACGCCCGCGCCCGUGGCAGGCGGUGGCGAUGGCGCCGCGGCGCAACCUGGUGAUCCCCCGAAUGCAGCCGCGCCUCUGCGCCCUCGGCGGAGGCGGCGGCGGCGGCGUCGGGCCCGGGCUCGUUCUCGACGACCUGAAGGCGGAACCCAGGACAUGCACGUGGACGGCCACACCCCUGCCCUGCUCGACGGCGGCCCUGCAGGGGCGAGCGCGGGUACUCCCGCUGGUGAGGACGCCAUGUCGGAGGACGCUUCGUUGGAUGACAGCUGGGCCGACGGCCUGCGGCGCGCGUCUGCGGGCGCGGCGGCCGCGGUGGCCGUCGGAGGCAAGGGCAAGGGCAAGGACAAGGACAUCAUUUGCCUCCCCGUCGACGCGGCUGGCGGCGCUGGCGGCGCCGCCCUGGAGGCGCCCGAGGCGGCGGGUGAGGCGGCGGCUGACGCUCCCUCGGCGGCCCAGGCGGUCCUGGGCGCGGCCGAGGGCGCCCGCGACGGCCAGGUGCUCGUCCUCUUAGGUAGCGGCCGCCAGGCGGCAGCCCGCAUGGUCGACCUCGUCGGCCUGGAGCUGGCGCCGGCCGCUGGCGCCUCCGGA